UGUUCGUAAUUCUCACCCCCUUCCAGUCUUUUUGUUUUUUUUUCUCGUUCUGCAAGAUAGUACUCCUCUAUUCCCUGGUUAUUCCAUACAAUGGCCAAGUCUCUUCACGACAUUGUCUGCCAAAAAAUUGCCGAGUUCGUUCAAAAUGGUCCAGCAAGUGUCGUCGUAGCGAAUGCAUGUCUGUAUUCGGCCGUCACCGCUGCCAACAACAACGACCUGCUACCUGUCUACCGUACACAAUGCAAACGCGCCCCGUUGGACGGCGCGCUCGAUUCGCCUCGGAUUGCCGCCCGCCAAUCCUCGUCAGCCGGGAGUAUAAAAGACCGUCGUCACGCUCAUUCGAGGUCUUCUCUAAUUCCUUUUACUUGUGUCAUUUAUCGCUCUUUGCCCCUCUUUACAUGUCCUAUUAACUCGGUGUUUUCUCUAUUAGUUUAUCCUUAAUAAACCGUAAUAACCUCAAAA